UGCAGUUGUCGGUCUCCUUUUGAACCAGUAGAAGAAAAAGACUCAGAAUGUGGCUUUUAGAGAAAAUCCGGGGCUCAGUGGACAAUAGCGGUUCUCGUGGCAACGACUCGGGAGAUAAGCAGUCCAAAGGACCCUUGUACAGCAAUGUCCUGACACCGGAUAAAAUCCCGGAUUUUUUCAUUCCUCCCAAGUUGCCGACGGUACCUCCUGAGGGAGAGGAAGGGAACACCAAACCCAAUCUGGGCACUUCGGCUUCCGAGCAGAAUUUAUCUGCCCGCAAAACCCCGCGCAGCCCUCGUUUGCCCGUGAAGGCCGUCUCGGAGAGCAAGAAUCUUUUAAAAGCCGCCAGCCGACACAUCAUCCAGAUCGAGAGCGCAGAUGAAUGGAUGUCUGAGGAGGACUACAGUACCAAUGCAGACCCACAGUCCCAGACGGCCAUGUCGCUGCCGUAUGUCCCCAAAGCACAGACCUCGUACGGCUUCGCGACGCUGAUGGAGAGUCCUCACACGCGCCGUAAGGAAUCUCUUUUCCACAGCGAGCACACCAGCCUGUGCCCAUCCCAGUCCUCCUCGCCCAGUUCUCAACGGAGGUCCACCUCAGGAGGGAGCAAGACCAAUGGAGAGAGCGCCCACCUGAACCCCUCGGACAUCAGUAUGUCCCUCAUGAAUCCCUACCGCUACUUCAGUGGAGGGGAGAGCGACACCUGUUCCUCCGCGGAGUCCUCUCCCUUCGGUUCCCCACUGCUGUCGCGGUCGGUGUCCCUUCUCAAGAUCUUCAGCCAGGAGAGUCAAUCCAAGGUCAUCAAACUCAAACACUCGGUGGCUCGCAACAGUUCCCUGUCCACCGAUGACAGUUCGGCUGACACCAGUCCCAGCUCCCAGCGCCGCAUGCGCUGUGCGACCCCUCCAACCGGGGGAGCCACCGGCGGGGUGCAACCACAGCCGCCUGCUCCCACAGACCCCCAAGACAGAUUUCACAAGGAACAUGUGCUCAGUUUUAGCAAAGGAGGCAGCAUCCGCUUGGUGGUCCAGUACAACCCAUCCAACGCCCGGCUGCGGGUGCGCAUCGUGGCCGCCGAAGACCUCUACGACAAGCACUGUGACAUCCGGAGCAUCAACUGUUGCGUGACUGUCUAUUUAAACCCCGGCAAGCUGCAGAAGCAACGGAGCACGAUCAUCAAGAACAGCCGUAACCCCAUCUUCAACGAAGAUUUCUUUUUCGACGGGCUGGGCCUCAGCAACAUGAGGAAAAUGUCCCUCAAGGUCAAAGUGGUUAACAAAGGCAGCAGUCUCAAACGGGACACUCUGAUGGGCGAGAAGGAAUUGCCCCUCACUUCCUUGCUCCCCUUUUUAUAAAGUCUCCCCUCUCCGGUGUCUGUGGCCUGCCGCUAAUCCCAGUCGGCUUCUUGCCUGGGAGGGUUUGGAGAUCUGCUCACGCAGAUUCCUCCAAGAUCAGUUAGCAUUUCCGUAAAAUGGGUGUUGCAUGUUUGAGGUCCAUGGAGGGGGGCAUCCCAGCAUUUUUGCAUGAAACCUCAGUACCUUGCCGCGUGACCUUAUUUUCUUAGAAGGUCAGGAUGUUCUUUGUCUCUUGAGUCAAGGUGUGUCCCUUGGUCACUGCGAGCCGGUCUUCUUUCACAGUUACCGUGUUGGAGGUAGAGCGGGCCUGGGAAUUUGAAGGGUAGCAGGGAGAUUCCUUCCAAUGGGUUUUCCUCAGCGUAGGAGGUGGCUGCAUGAAUAAACCAGGUUUCCACCCUGUUUUUGAACCUCUUCCUCACAAAUGCAUGCCGAGAAUCUGAGAAUGUACCCCUUUUAAGAUGCAUGCCGGUUGCAUUCGAUUCUGUCGUGUCGUUGAGCCAAGCACCAAUCUGUUGGAAGAUGAUCUAAACAGGCUCACUUGGCUUCUGCAAAAGGGACGUGAGUGACCACUUUCUUCAGGUACCCAGGAAACGUCUUCGCUUCCCAAAUUGGGUGCAAAUUCCAAUUUCUGAUUUGGGAGCUAGGAUCCAACAUGUGGUUUCUGAAGGAAGUGGACGAGGAGAAUGAGCUGGGCCGAGAAGAGCUUCUGAAGCCCAGCGGAUGAUCCAGCAACUGUCCCCCAAAAAUGCUGUUUUGCAAGAUGUGGGGGAUCAGACAGAGACUUCGCCUCCCUGCUCUGCUUGACUUCAGGGGAAAUCGCAGAAAUCGGAGCGAUGUCCGAUAAUGAACUUUCAACCCGAAGGCAAAAAAAAAUGGACUGAUGGACGUUGCACUGUCUGGACAGUAGAUCAAAAUGAAGGAAAACACACAGGGAGAUAACAAGGGAUAGAGGAAAAUAUGAAGUGGAUAUGGGGCCGUGAUUAUUUUUUUAAUGUUUUGAUAAUCCUGGCCUGAGAGACCAUCCUCAAUAACAAUAAAUAAUGAUAAUUUUAAAAGUGGGCUGGGUGAUACUCACGGAAUUGCCUUAUCCUGCACUGGUCCGCUUUUUUGGAGUCUUCGGAGACUCCGAUCACUCCCAGCCUUAAGAGUUUGGAGUUUUUCAAUCCACACUUCAGAUGGCUUGAACACAUCUGACGAUAAAAAUCAAGAUGAGGAAAUAGAGAGUCCUGAUUGAGACACCCAACCCUCCAUUCAAACAAGAAGGGGCAAGAAUCAGUGUUAGCCUCUACAGAAGUGUUUUUCAGAUUUGACAGCUUGAAGAUGCUUCAAUUCCCCGGAAUUCCCUAGCCGGCAUGCUUUAAGAUAGCUGGACUUCGAUUCCCGGAAUUCCCCAGCCAGCAUGCUUUAAGAUAGCUGGACUUCAAUUCCCGGAAUUCCCCAGCCAGCAUGCUUUAAGAUAGCUGGACUUCAAUUCCCGGAAUUCCCCAGCCAGCAUGCUUUAAGAUAGCUGGACUUCGAUUCCCGGAAUUCCCCAGCCAGCAUGCUUUAAGAUAGCUGGACUUCGAUUCCCGGAAUUCCCCAGCCAGCAAUUGGACUUCAAUUCCUGGAAUUCCCUAGCCGGCAUGCUUUAAGAUGGCUGGACUUCAAUUCCUGGAAUUCCCCAGCCAGCAUGCUUUAAAUAGCUGGACUUCAACUCCCAGCAUUCCUCAGCCAGCUACAAGGGCUGAGGAAUUCUGGGAGUUGAAGUGCACAGUCUUAUAUUUGUCAAGUUUGAAAAUGUCAGGGACAUUCAAGUUGGAAUUUGGAAAGGCUGAAGAUUGAACUCCAGGCCUUCUACAAGUCAAUUUCUUCCACCAAGUUGUGGUUCCUUUCUAAUAUUAACAUUUUUUUUUUCCGAUCAGUUUUCCUAAGGCUCAAAAACAAAACCAAGAAUGUGCCAAGAAUCGUUCCCUUCAUUGCAAACACCCACUUCUCCUCAGUGUAGGUAGGUAGGUGCUGUUCUUGCAGGACCAAUCAAGGAACCAUUGAGCAAACAUAGCUGAGCAACUGUUAUUUUGCAACCCCUAAAUCAGUAGUUAGAUUCAGGCAGUUCGCACCUAUUCCGGAGAACUGGUUGUUAACUUUCUAAGCAGUUCAGAGAACCGGUUGUUGGAAGAAAUGUCCUUUUGUUUUUCCCCACUUUACAGAGCUAAUCCUGUAAGGAAUUACAACGUUCUAGUGUUGUUUCUAGCCUAAUCUUUAUUGCCCUGCUUAUAGAAAUUGCCUCUCUGGUUAACCAUUAUUACAUUGUAACAGCUAAGGCGAAGCGCCCAUCGACAUGAGUGACUUUGAGUUGGCCACGCCCACACGGUCACAUGACCACCAAGCCACACCUAUCCAACUGGUCAUUAGGGCAGAGAACCGGUUAUUAAAUUAUUUGAAUCCCACCACUGCCCUAAAUGAAUACCCAGAUAGGAUCUAAAGAAAAGGUCCAUUGGGAUCAUAAUCUGAAAUAUGGGUAGUCCUCAGUUAAUGACCACUUGUUCAGUGACUAUUUGAAGUUACGACCGCAUUGUGCAAGUGGUCCUUUGAGAUUCUGGGCUGUCCCAACAUCUUGCGCUUACAUGAUCAUGAUCUGGGCAUUUGGCAACUGGCUCACACUUAUGACGGUUGCAGCCUCCUGUGGUCACAUGAUCACUAUUGUGAUGUUCCAGUGGUGGGAUUCAAAUAAUUUAACAACUGGUUUUCUGCCCUAAUGACCGGCUGCGUGGGCGUGGCCAUGGUGGGCGUGGCCAGGGGAUGUGAUAGGUAGCACUCUGCCUCCUGCACCCCCUUGGGAGCGAAAAUGGGCUACGGGGGAGGGAGCACUGCCCCCCCUCCUGCGGCUUGUUUUGUGCUUAGAAGGCCUCCCUGAAGCCUUCUGGAAGCGAAAACGGGCUGCGGGGGGAGGGACGGAUGCCGUCCCGCACCCUGUUUUGAGCCUAGGAGGUCUCCCUGCACUUAACCUGGGAGUCAAAUUGCGGCGCGUGGGGACUCCUGGAAGGGGCCAAAAGUGGUGAAGCCAGCCAGCAAUUUAACUAUCGGUUUGCCCGAACCAGCUGGAUCCCACUACUGUGAUGUUCCCUGUUGGCUUCCCACAAGCAAAGGCAAUGGGGAAGCCAGCAGAGAAGGUCACACUCUGGUAAGUCACUCAUACUCCAGAGGUUUUUUGCACUGAGGGGUUCAGCUAUGAUGAAUGUAGCAGCACGCCCCAUCUGUGAACCUUUGCACACCUGGAAGGAGCCACCCCUGGCCCUGCCAUGCUUACACACCCUCAUGCACCAGGCUGCAACCACUAGUUCUGUGCUUUUGCCGUGUCAGCCUUGCACACCCAGCAACAGCUACCUAACUGCCGGCAAGCGUGCUUACAAAUGACUGGGAACUUUGCGACUUCCUGCAGGCUUCCCCAUUAACUUCACUGGUUGGAAACCAGCAGGAAGUUACGAGGUCCUCCCUUAACAAUCCACAAUCCUUGCUUAAGUGCAGUAACAGGGAGGGCUGGAAUUGCUGUCACAAACCAAUGCAGUCACACAACAUUGCACUUUAUGAUGGCAUCACUUAGUGAUGGAAAUUCCAGCCCCAUUGCUGUCAUAACGUGAGGACUGUACGUAAUGAACCUACAUUGUAAUUGAUACCCGUUUUUAAGGCAAUGGUUUUAGUGUGCUACGGAGAACUUCCUAUAUCCCCUUAUUAAUAAUCGGGAUCUUCCAAUUCACUUUUUAAUCCAGUUCUCAGAUUUACUUCAUGUGUAAAUCACAGGUAGUCCUUGGUUUACGACCACAAUUGUGUCCCAACUUUAUAAGGCUAAGCAAGACAGUUGGUAAGUGUGUUUUACCCCAUAUUACGACCUUUCUUGCCAUUGUUAAGUGAAUCACUGCAGUUAUUAAGUUAGUAACACGGUUGUUAAGUGAAUCUGCCUUCUCUAUUGACCUUGCUUGUCAGAAUGUCACAAAAGAGGAUCAUUUGACUCCGGGACGCUUCAACCAUCAUAAAUAUGAGUCAGUUGCCAAACAUCUGAUUUUGAUCACGUGACCCUAGGAAUGCUACAACGGUUGUAAGUGUGAAAAAUGAUCAUAAGUUGUUUUUUUUGUUGUAACUUCAAAUGGUCACUAAAUGAAUGGUUGUAACUUGAGGAACACCUGUAACCUACUUUUUUGUGCCUCUAUUUCGGAUGUGAUGAGUAAAGCAUGUUAGACAAAACCUAGCAUUGUAUGUUUUUACUACAAGGUGAAAAGACAGUAUGUCUGUAUGUGCAGAGAUUACAAAGGUUAGGUUGGUGGAAGUAAAUAUGCUUGCCCAAACUUAGAUGCCCUAAAGCAGAGGUCUUCAAACUUGGCAGCUUUAAGACUGUGGACUUCAAUUCCCAGAAUUCCCCAACCAGCAUGCUUUAAAAUGGCUGUACUUCAAUUCCCAGAAAUCCCCAGCCAGCAGUUAAGUGAAAUCAGAUUCACUUAACAGCAUAGAAAUGAAAUAAAUAAAUGAAAUAAAUAAACAAAUAGCAAAGAAAACAGAGGCAGUGAUUUCCAACCUUUUUCUUUGUGUUACAUACAUUUUACAACCAUUCAUUUAGUGGCCGUCUGAAGCUACAACGGCGCUGAAAAAAAUGACUUAGGAAUGGUUUUCACAUUUACAAUGGUUGCAGCAUCCUCAUGAUCCAAAUUUGGCCGUUUGGUAACUGACUAGUAUUUAUGACAGUUGUAGCAUCCCGGGGUCAAGUGAUGAUGAUAAUAAUAAUAAUAAUAAUAAUAAUAAUAAUAAUAAUAAUAAUAAUUUUAUUUCUAUACCACCCUUCUCCCGAAGGACUCAGGGCGGUGUACAGCCAAUUUAAAAACAAGACACAACAAUGAUUAAAAAUUAAAAAUAAUUAAAUAGAUUUGGCCGAUUUAAAAACCCCAAAAUUUAAAAUACCCCAAUUUAAAAUUAUUAUGUUGAUAGCCCGGCCUGGCGGAACAACAGGGUCUUCAAUGCGCAGCGAAACAUCUGGAGGUCGGAGAUCUUACGUAUUUCCGGGGGCAGUUCAUUCCACAGGUCCCCUUUUGCGACCAUCAAACAAGCAAAGUCAAUGGGGAAGCCAGAUUCACUUAAAAACCUUGUUACUAACUUAACAGCCAUAGUGAUUCAUUUAACGACUGUGGCAAGAAAGGUCGUAAAACUGGACAAAACUCAAUAACUCUCUUGCUUAGCAAUGGAAAUUUGGGGCUCUAUUGUGGUUGUAACUUGAGGACUCUCUCUAUUGGUUAUCCUCUUCUUUUCCCUUCCUCCUAAGAUAAACCCAUUUUUACAAGCUGUAGUAUCUUUGGGACUGAAGAGGCCAGAAAGAGGAGAUUUUUUAACUGGAGAUCAAAAUCGCUGCAUUUUUUUUUCCCCGCCUCGAAACUCAAAAGCAGCCAAAAUUUGAGUUAAUCCUCUUUCCUUCCUUCCUUUUUUUCCCUUUUAAUCUUGUUAACACAGAUCCUUGUUUUUCAAAUGUCGUUUUGUGUUCGCUCAGACUCCGGGAUUAUAAAGUUGUACGGAUGCCAGGAAUGGGAGACCUUGUUUUCCAAAAAGGGAGCAAACUGUAUUAUUUAUUUGCUUGUUUUGUUUAUGAUAUCUACCCAAAUAAGUAUCGGUCAAUUAUUUAUCUAUCGAUUUCUAUUUUCUGCAUGAUUUUGAGUUGGCGACUAAAGUACAAGCCGAUGCAUUUUUGUACCGUUGCUCUGUCAGCAAGCAGCCUUCCUCAUCGAUCCGAGUUGUCUCUAUAUCUGAUUUAUUCUAUAUACCAGAUACGACUUAUUGCUGUAUUUUGAUCCCGUGUAAUCUGGAUGCUGACAGUUUUGGAAUCAAGUUUCUUGCUAUAUGAAGCUGUUUCUCUUUUUUU